GACGAUUCUUCUCUUGCUCCAUCGCCGCCCCCGAGAUCCUGUUCAUCGACCCUCUGACCUUACUGUUCUCCGAUUGUCCAUCUCGUCAAGUUCAUCCUACAGGUCAUAGCAUCGACAACAUCUCCAAGCCAUCAAGAUGGUUCUCGCGGUCGAUCUCCUCAACCCUACUCCUCAGGCCGAGGCCCGCAAGCACAAGCUGAAGACUCUUGUGCCUGCGCCCCGAUCCUUCUUCAUGGAUGUCAAGUGUCCCGGCUGCUUCGCGAUCACCACUGUCUUCUCACACGCCCAAACCGUCGUCAUCUGCGCUGGCUGCUCCACCGUCCUUUGCCAACCCACUGGAGGAAAGGCUAGAUUGACCGAGGGCUGCUCUUUCCGGAGAAAGUAAAGGGGGCAAUUUGCUUUUUUUUUUUUUUUUGUUUUGUUUGAAUGAUGACGAUUGCUUCUAUUUGUUUAAUUAUCACAAAAAAACUUCUCAAAAAUUAAAAAGGGAUUUUAAAAAUCGAAAGGCGUUUUUUAAAUUCUUCUCACAUAUUCUAUCUGUGAUCGUCUUAUUUUCCUCGUUUGGCUUCGUCGUUUGGUGCUGCUCUCCUCAUUCCUCUCAAGUUAACUUAACCUGUUAUUCGUCCCCAUUGGAUGUAUGAUCUGCAAAUAGGGGCCGGAAUUUGCAAUCUUUCGUUUCUCCCUUUUCUGAACAUAUAUAUACUAAUGUGCAAAGAAAAAGAGCAAACAAAAAGAAAGAGAUGAUUUGCUUCGCUGCAUCCACUUUCAUUUGCGUUCAUCUUUCAUUUGCGAUUAUACACCGAAGUCGCAAGGGGAAAAAAAGGAAGCAAGGAACAGGCCUGGGUACACCCCACAAUCCAACACUGUUUAUCAUGCUCUAUUGCGCUACUUGUUCUACAUCGGACAAAAUGUCGGUGGAAAACAACCCCAAAAAGGAGGCUGUGACAAGUCGAUCCCGAAAUUUCCGUGCUUGGCCUUUUAAUUGCUACACCGGCUAAUUUGCACAAACUUCGGAAUAUUCAAGUGUAAAAGGAAAUCAGGGUGAAAUGGGCAUGGUUUCUAAAAGUACUUUGUUAGACCGAUGAGACGGUUAUGUUCCUCCUCACCAGUGCAUUGUCGGUUGCUUGUACACUAUUUUUGAACAUGAAAUUCAUCAGGCUUUAUUUCUUGUUAUUA